AUGACAAGUGACACUACACAAGAAAACGAGAAUACCGUGACAUUAUAUGUUAAAUAUAAAAGUGAAUUUGAAAAAGUUAUUCUUGAUACUCAAAAUGAAAGGGGUAAAGAAAAUCCUGCAAAAAAAUGUAUGACAAUUGCUCUUAGUGAUAAUGAUUUAGUCAGUGCAUGCCAAGAGGUUGGUAGAUAUUUAAUUGAAAUAAAUGAAAACUAUAAAUCCGAUAGCUUGAAACGUUGUAAAUACUUAAAUUAUAGGAUAAAUUCAGAUAAUAAUUAUAAUAAGAAAACUGAAUGGUUUCAGAAAUAUAAUGAAUUUUCAUCCCAGUUAGGUAAUAUAUGUGUCCAAAAAUUCGAAGAAAUUCAAUCUAAUAUUUUAAAUAAACUUAAACAAUUAUACAGUUAUUAUGAUAACUUUGAAAAUUUUAAUGGUCAAGAAAGUGAUUCUGAUGGUACAAUUUGCAAGAAUAUUAAAGAAUGUUAUAACUUUUAUAACGAUAAUUACAAAGCAUGUCAAGGAAAUAAUGAAAGUCUAUUUUGUAAGGAGUUAAUCAAUUUUAAGAAAGCAUAUGAUGAUAAAAUGAAUAAAUUAUCUCCAUGCCAUGGAUUACCACAAACGUUACCACAAAUAGAACAAACUUCAAUACAAAUAUUACAACCUAAAGAAGUAGAUUACGUAUCUGUUCCCAUUUUAACAACAUCUAUCGUAUUACUAAUGUCUUUCACUAUAUUUUUUUUAUAUAAGUUUACUCCACUGAAAUCUUGGAUAUAUAAUCGUUUACGAAAAAAAAAAAUUAUUGAACUUAACAAAUUUCAAGAAGAAUCGAGAGAAUCCUUACAAAACCUUCAUGAAGUAGUAAAUAGAAAUUAUGAAAGAAGUUUUCAUAAUAUAUCCUAUCAACCUCAAGGAAACACUUGA